UGACACAGCCUUAAACCAACGCGGCCAAUUGAGCUACUCUUCAUUCAAGACAACAACAAUGUUUGGCCUACUUAGACAUCGCUGCCUGCCCAAGUCCGCCGGCGGCCUGUUUGCCAGCCGCGCGCCUCUGCAGUACCGUGCGCUACAGGCGCAGGCGCAGGUUUCGAAACGCGAGGGCGAUAUCUCGGACGCAUUCGCGUCGCUGUCAGGCCAGGAAUUUACGCCGCUGACGCCCGAGUAUGCGGAGCUAAAAACGCGUUUGAUUCAAGGUCGUGAAGACUUGAUACGGCAAUCAUGGGAACGAUUGUUGAAGGAUCUCAGGGAAGAAAUCCCCCUCAUCGUGGAGCAGGGGUCCAAGAUCAUUCCUCAGAUUGACUUCAAGGACGUCGAUGAUGCUCCCGAAGCAUUCAGCCAGGAGCUCAGGAAGAGAGGUGUUGCUGUGAUUCGAGGCGUCGUGAGCCAGCAAGAGGCUUUGGGUUGGAAAGAGGACCUACGCCAAUACAUACGUCAAAAUCCUCAGACCAAAGCCUUUCCACCAGAGAAUCCGCAAGUAUUCGAACUCUACUGGUCCCGCGCCCAACUUCUCGCACGUGCUCAUCCGAACAUGCUCAAAGCACAGCGUUUUCUCAUGUCCUACUGGCACUCGUCGAACCCCGAAACCCCGAUAUCCACCCGCCACCCCAUAAGCUACUGCGAUCGUCUACGCAUGCGUUUACCAGGCGAUGCCCGCUUUGCCCUUGGCCCACACGUAGAUGGAGGCAGUGUCGAGCGUUGGGAUGAGCGCGGCUACGGUCUGGGGAAAGUCUACGACAACGUAUGGAAAGGGGAAUGGGAACAAUUCGACCCUUGGGAAGCCAGCUGCCGCCUUCCAGUAGAAUCAGACCUGCAUCAAGGCGUUGGAGCCUGCACUGCCUUCCGGAUGUUCCAAGGCUGGCUCUCCCUUUCUCAAACAGGUCCAUUCGAAGGCACCCUCCUCGUAAACCCCUUACUCGCCAAAGCAACAGCAUAUUACCUGCUCCGACCCUUCUUCAGCCCGAAACGCGGCAUCGACUCCCCCGGCGCGCAAACCGCUUCCGAAGCCAUCACAGAAUCCGCAUCCUUCCUCGACGCUGACAACUGGGAACUGGACGCGCGCCAGUCCUCCUGGAUCCAAGGCGCGACACCGGGCCGCGGCCAAGAACUCUCGCACUUGCUCCACCCGCACCUCCACCUCGCCAAAUCCAUGAUCCACAUGCCUACCGUGCAGCCCGGCGACUACGUAGCCUGGCACUGCGACACCAUCCACGCCGUGGACAGAAUCCACAAAGGCGCCGCUGACUCCUCGGUCCUGUAUAUCCCGGCGUGUCCGCUCACCGAGGAUAACGCAAAGUACCUCGCCACACAGAGGAGCAUGUUUGUCCAGGGAACUCCGAGCCCGGAUUUUGGAGGCGGGGUUGGCGAGAGUGCGCAUGUUGGGAGGGUGGGGGCGAGGGAGAUGGUGGAGCUUGUGCAGGUCGAGGGAGCUAGGGCUAUGGGGUUGGCCGAGUGGGAUAGUGCUGAGGAAGGGUUGUCGGGGGCGGAGAGGGAGGUUCUGGAUCGUGCGAAUAAGGUGCUUAGGUUCUAUGAUUAG